GAAGAGAGCGCGGUACCACCCCAACUGUCCCGGGUGCAGGGUGGACAGGAGGAAGGAGGAGAGGGAGGGGUUCCCCUUCACCGAGAUCUCCUGCUUGUGGCUCGUCACCAUCUGCUCCUCCUUGCCGAUACAGUCAUUGUUUCCAUUCUUGUACUUUAUGAUAAGGGACCUUCACAUUGCUAAAGAAGAAGAAGAUAUUGGAUUUUAUGCUGGUUUUGUUGGCGCUUCAUAUAUGCUUGGGAGAGCACUAACCUCUGUAAUAUGGGGAGUUGUGGCUGACAAGCACGGGAGGAAACCAGUUCUUGUAAUCACCCUUGUUUCCGUAAUUAUAUUCAAUACACUCUUUGGACUCAGCUCAAGUUACUGGAUGGCAUUAACCACAAGAGGUUUGCUUGGGUUGUUAUCUGGUAUGCUCGGACCAGUUAAGGCUUAUGCUACAGAAGUGUGCCGGAAAGAACACGGUCACCUGGCGUUAUCACUUAUCACUUCCUCACGUGGCAUAGGCCUUAUUGUUGGACCAGCUAUUGGUGGUUAUCUUGCACAGCCUGCAGAUAAAUAUCCAAGCAUAUUCUCCGUUAACUCCAUAUUUGGGAGGUUUCCGUAUUUUCUCCCCUGCCUUUGUAUAUCACUCCUUGCCGUUGCUGCUUUAAUUGCUUGCUUCUGGCUUCCGGAAACUUUGCAUAAACAUACCGAAGACACACUUUUAAAUAAUUCAGUUGAAGAUGUCGAAGAAUCUCUUUCUGAUACAAAUGCUGAACAGAAUGCUGGUGGAUGUCUCAGUUUAUUCACAAACUGGCCAUUGCUCUCCGCUAUUACUGUAUAUUGCAUUUUCUCUCUGCAGGACUUGGCUUACGCAGAGGUAUUUUCUCUUUGGGCUGUUAGUGAUAGAAAAUAUGGUGGACUAAGCUUUUCAUCUCAAGAUGUGGGUAGCGUCCUUUCAAUCUCAGGUCUCCUACUCCUGAUAUAUCAAAUUUUGAUUUAUCCAUCGAUUGCAAAGUCUAUAGACCCCAUCACAUUAGUCCGUGCAAUUGCGGUAUUGUCAAUACCACUUCUUGCGAGCUAUCCAUUCAUGCCUGCAUUAUCAGGGUUCAUUCUUCAGUUGGCAGUAAAUUGUGCAUCUUUUCUGAAGAAUUCUUUCGCUGUAACUACCAUGACUGUGUUCAGCAUUUUAAUGAAUGAUUCUGUGAGUCAAGACCUAAGAGCUUCAGCCAAUGGCCUUUCUAUAACACUAAUGUCCAUCUCUAAAACUAUCGCUCCAGCUGUUGCAGGAGUUAUAUUCUCAUGGGCUCAAAAGCGUCAAACAGCUCCAUUUCUGCCAGGUGACCACCUGGUGUUCUUCAUGCUGAUCGUGUUCACUGUUAUAGGCCUUACGUUCACUUUCAGGCCGUUCUACGCUAGAAAGAGCAGGACGGAGCAUUAACGCCGCCACACCAUGUGUUACAACCUAGACAAGUAGACAAGAACCUGAAUAUGUAGUAAUAUUGGUAUAUUUUUCUUUCCUUAAACAUUGUGUAUCUGCUCUAAGAUGCAGACUGUUAUUAUUUGUGUACUGCAAGAGUGCAAGGUCACUCUCGCGCAUGUGACGUUGAAAGAACAUAUGACAUUUUUGGUUUGAAUCCUCCAAACAAAGAAAUAUGAAAAAUGUGUAGCUUAGAUGAAGGAUUAGGUAUAUGGUAUAGUUGUCAUAGAAACAAUAAUUAUUUUUCUAUGAGAUUGGACUCCAUGGA